GGCGACCAGCAGGAACAUUCUUUUCUGAUGGAAUAAAAUAGAAAGUUUCCAAUAUGGCCGGAGCUGCUAGUUCGCUGGGAAACAAUAGAAGCGGGGAAGAGGGACGAAGUUAACCUAAGUCCUGGUUCGCAUUGAACGGUUUUCUUCCCGACGUUGGCUUGGCCGCGGAGAAGAAGGAUUGUCCGCCGUGUUGAUUUAAACUUAGUUAAAGUAUGAGCCUUUAUUUAAAUGUUUCAGGCCCGUCGACCCAAAACACAGCGGCUAACGGCUACAGGGAGGCGGAGAAUCAGCUGCUGUUCACCGGACAGAUGCUGUAGGGAAAACGGGCUGCUACAUUUUCACAUGAGUGCCGCUGUGACUGAAGGCCGUUAGCGAGACAAAGGUCGCCUCCAUGGAGCCAGCACAGGAGUCUUUGUAAAGGGCCAGGGGGGUGUAUAGACGCCCAGAGUGACAGAGAGCCAUAAUCAGCAUUUUAUGGACGAAACCUGAGGCGGGAGUUCACUGCAGGUCUUUAUUGAUGAUGGCGGAUUUUGUUACAACGCGACACAGCGCGGUGAUGGAGCGGCUCCGCCGACGGAUCGAGCAGUUCCGGCAGCAUCACAACACCUGCGAAACCCGCUACGAGGGCGCAGCAAUCGAGCGGCUGGAGCUGGACCGGCAGCAAACCAUCAACCUGCACCAGCGAUUGCUCCAGAACAAAGCCAAGCGGGCCAGCAAGCACCGGCAGCCGCAGCCAAGCGUAGACCAGGACGCCCAGAGAGCGCCGGGAGGCGGCGCGGAGAGCGGAGGGACGCCGGCGGAGCAGAACCGGAACAGCAACCGGCCAGUGCUUGAUGCGGUGAAGAGAAAGAUUGAGAGUGGUGGCUCUCCUCUGAGCAACGGGUUACCAGAUGGCCUCUCUUCCAGUAAGAAGGCAUGUCCAGAUAACGGACCUGCCAAUGGCUCCACUAUGGACCCAAAACUGGGUCACGGUGAUCGGAUCUCCAACGGGACACACCGCCCUGCAGGGGAGACGGUGGAUGUCAGUGGGGAAUCAGACUUCCGUCAGAAAGAGAUGAAGCAGGAGCCGGAGGACAUCCUGCCCAUCGUGCCUCCGUCGGUAGCCGGUAACAACGGCCUGUUCCUAGACCUGAACCUGAACGAGCAAGAGUGGAAGGAGCUGAUAGAGGACCUGAACUGCUCUGUACCCAUCGAGGACAUCCAGGAUAUCCUGAACUACGGCUUUGAGGACAGGAGAGAUCCUCUGGAGCUGGCUCCGACUCCAGCAGGUGGCGGAGCUGUGGGGGCCGGAGCAGCAGCAGGGGGAGGUGGGGGGCAGUCAUCCCAGAGUCUGCGUCCGGUUAAGGCAGAGUUUUCCCCGGCCUCGGCGGUCUUUGAGCAGGACUCUCGUACCGGCUCCCCCCAUGUCAGGUCCACCUCCUCGGGACCGCCUCCCCACCCCACCAGCUCCCCUGUUGCUGCCUCCUCUGCUUCCUCUCCUGUUCUCCCCCAGUCGCAGCCAGCUCCUCCCCCCAGGCAGCUCCAGCCCCCUCCCAACCAUCUCCUCCCUCCUGGACCCCCAGUAUCCAAAGACUUGUCCCCUGCUCAGCAGCUCCAGCAGCUGGCUGCCCAGCAGCAGAGAGCCCAACACAUCCAGGGCAAGAUGCAGCACAAACAGCCACAGCCAGGGGCCAAGUUUUCCAACCAGGGGCCACACAGUCACCCCCCACCCUGGACUCAGAUGGCCAACGGUUCUCAGAGCUCCUUUGGUAUGGACAAGCCCACCAGCCCCACCCUGUACCCCUCAGACUUUAACCUAAGCAGUCAAAAGCAGCUACUGAUGCCUGCUCAGCCCAACAAAGGUUCACCAAAGGCAGGGGCUGGCAGCUACAUGCCGGGGCCCACUGGGUCCCCCAACAUCAUGAAUCACCUGUCUUCAGGGACCCCUUUAAGCCACCCGCCUGCACAAGGUGCUCAGACCCCUGCACAGCAUCUGAACUACAAGAACACCUUACCUCUGUCACACUUUGAGGCAGGCCCGGGGCCUCCACGGGCCCCCAACAACCAGAUCCAGGACAAGCAGGCCCUGCUGAAUCUGCUCCGACAGCAGAAGAGCAACAUGAACUUCAGGCAGCAUAUCCCCCACCCUCAGGAUCAGAACAACUUCUCUGCUCCUCCACACGUCACGGGCCCCGCUAACACUGGCAACAACCCCAUGGCAUCAGCGCAGGGGGCAAACACCAUGGCAGGUAACCAUGGAAACGCUGCGUUUCAGAUGGCAGCAAUGAAGCAGCAGAUUCUGGAGCAGAAGAAACAACAACAACAACAGCAGCAGCAGCAAUUCCUGCAGAGACAGCUCCUGGCUGAACAGGAAAAGCAGCAGUUGCAGAGACAUCUGACCCGACCUCCCCCACAGUACCAGGACCAGACGGGACCAGCAAGUCAGAACCCUUUCCCUCAACAGUCAGUUGGACAGUUUACAGCUUCUUCUCAGUCAAUGAGCAACAUCGGCUCCAUGGGAGGCCCCGCCCCAGGAUCCCGCAUGUUCCUCCAGAACCAAGGCAUGAUGGGAAUGACAAUGGCCCAGGGAGGGGGGCCGGGUGGUGGUGUAGCCUCAGCCACUGCCGUGAGUCAGGCUGACAUCAGUCUGCCAUCCUGUGGAGGUGGAGGGGGCGGAGCCAGUGUGGACUCUCUCUACAACAACAUGAACCUGCACCCCAGCCAGCAGGCCAACCUACAACGCCAGCCUCUUGGUCCCAUGAGCACCUCCUACAGGCAGCUGCAGCAGCAGCAGCUCCUGAAGCAGCAGCAGCAGCCCAACGCCGCCAUGUUAAAACAGCAGCAGCAGAUGGCUGCCAGCCGCAUGCCAAACAGCAUGCAGGGCAGCAUGGGGGGCGGGAUGGCUGGAACCAUGCAAGGGGGGCAGGGCAGCACAUGGCAGCAGCAGAUCACCAACCAGCCGCCCUCUGCUAAUUCCGGCAUGCACUCCAACUUCAACAACAACGGCUUCCAUAUGCAGCAGCCUCGCAUCCCCAAGAUGGCCGCUGGCUCUGCCUCCUUUGGCCCUGGCUCCAGUGGACGCCCUAUGACUGGUCUAAAUGCUGCGCAGCAGAUGAUGCAGACAAACAUGGCUGCCCAGCAGAGGGCACCACCGGCGGCCCACAGCCUCGGCCAGCAGCAGAGUCAGCAGCAGCCGGCCAAUCAGAGCCAGGCAGUCCUCUCAGACCUGGCAGCAUUCGGACAGGGAAGCAGCCGCCAGGCAAUGCAGUGUAACCAAGGUUACCAGGUGAGCAGGACUGCCAGCCAGCAGCAGCAGGUGUCAUUCGGUUACAACGCAGCGGCAGGUAGCUUCGCCGCAGAAAGUGAGCUAGUCGAUUCACUGCUGAAGGCUCAGAGCACGCAGGAGUGGAUGGCCGACCUGGACGAGCUGCUCGCCAGCCACCCGUAAGACACGGCGCCCCAGCUGAGAAGGAUCUGAUCCAAGGUUCAGAUGGGAAAGAGGGCAGCAAUUUUACUUAGAUGGGCCAGAUGAGUUCACUGCACACUGCUGACCCCGGAAUAGCUGAAAAAAAUUCUAUUGUCGUGAGUGAUAGAAGGUGAACAGUGAAGUAACCCUCCUGUAGGGCCAGAUCGGAUCAGAACCCCCAUCAUGUAACUCCAAAUCACAGCACAAAGACAAAACAGCAUUAAUUAUUGCAUUACUUCCUCCAAAGAGUCACUUCCGGGGGAAAGAAGACAUUUGAAUGAGUUGAUGCAACUUCUGGCAUAAUUCAUUCAGUGAAAGCAUGAAGUGAUGGCA